AUGCGCGCCCUUCGCCACACUGCCCUACUCGUAGCUUGCUUCGCAAGCGCGUUUGCAGAUGACUUCUGUAGCCAGAGUUUGGCACUCCCGGAGGCCCUAGACGUUUGGGCAUCGCGGCGAGAAGACAAAGGCCCUCAGUUGCUGAGCGUGGUCUUGGACGCCUACCUCGAAGGAUUUGGGCGGCGCGUGGGUGCAGGGGCGAUAGGCUGGGCACAUCUUUUCGAGCCCUUCCAGAGAUGCCCUUUGCCUUUCAUCGCGGCGGAAGUGGCCCAUGGCCUCCAAAAGACACCGGGCUUCGCUCGCCAGGUACACCUGGCCCGGGCGAGGGAGCUGGCGACUUCCUGGCGCCACUGGAGCGACUGGAAAGAGGAAGAAAGUCUUUUGAGUGAGGAGCUUCAGAGAAGGAAGCUUGAGAGCUGCUCCCUCCUGAAACGCUGGCCCCACUUGGAUUUCUUGGCAAAUGCUUCCACCACCUUUUCAUCCUUGUUGGGCUGCUUGCAGCCCCAAGGCCAGGAUGUUCUACAGCGACCUCUCCUUUCAUCCGUCGGCCACUCCUUCCCGGACUUUUGGAAAAUGCUGGCAGAUGAGUUGUUGAUGACACCGACGCUCCAAAUGCCUUGGGGCAAUGGAGGAGCUCCCUACGUCCUGGCCAAGGUGCUGUGGCGGCUACGGCAUGAAGAUCAGGGAAUUCGAGGGCGGCCCAUGUACUUGGAGUUCGGAGUCUUCGAGGGCGCCAGCGUGAACUUCAUAGCUCGCAAAUUGCGCGACGUGGAUCCAGGCGCACUGGUCUUCGGCUUCGACUCUUUCCGUGGCCUCCCAGAGGCUUGGCGAAGUAACUCGGAUGUUCCGGGUGGUUUGACCUUUGCAAGUGGCAGCUUUGCUUUGGAGAAGGAACCGGAAGUUGAAGGCAACGUGAGGCUGGUGCGUGGCUGGUUCAACGAGACGCUGCCCGCUUUUCUGGCGGGCUUGGCCGCAGGCAGCGGCAACGGUGACCCCUGGGUGCGGCUGCUGCAUGUGGACUGCGAUCUCUACAGCUCAGCAUUGGAGGUCCUUCGCGCACUGGCUCCCUUUCUGCGACCGAGAAGCAUCCUAAUUUUUGACGAGCUGGUGAAUUUCCCGCAUUUCGAGAGUCAGGAACUACGAGCGUUGUACGACUUCUUCCAGGACGAGCCGUGGAAGUUUCGGGUGGUUGCUGCACCCUGGUUCUUCUUGAGGUCGACGUCCGAUCUUGCCGACUUGUUCCGCAAGGAAGGCUUGUCUGAGGUAAAUCUCCACCAGGCAGUAGCCAUUGAGCUGUCCAGCUGA